GGAGGGGAUCCAUCCUCAGAGUCCAACCCUUGUCCUCUUACCCCGGCCGUCGACUCCCAACCGCCCGCCGCCGCCGCCGCCGCCCCGCGACGGGUCAGAUGUCAGCCGGUCAGCCGAGGAAGCGGCCGCCGAACGCGCCCCCGCCCAACCACCACCAGCACCAGCAGCAGCACAGAUCGAGCAAGCGGGCGAGGCCCGAGCAGCCGCCCCGCUCCCCGUUGCUCACCCUCAGCUCCCACAUCCACCUCCGCUGGGAUGACCGCUCCAGGCGGGCCCUCCCCGCCGACGACCAGAUCGGCAUCCCCUGGCGCCAUCUCGCCCCCUUCAUCGACUCCCCGCCCCGCGCCCGCACCCUCGCCCUCGCCGACGUCGCGCCCGUCCCCAGGCGGAUUUUCUCCCUCGCCGACAUCCCUCUCCUCGGCGGGGUGCUCUCCUACCAGGUCUGGGACGCCUGCCUGACCGAGGCCGACAGGAGGUUUCUUGCUCGAUUUCUUCCGGCCGGCUCCGACGCAGAGGAAGCAGUGCAGGAUUUGCUCACAGGGGAAAAUCACCACUUUGGGAACCCACUUCUAACCUGGUCCUCUGCUCUUUGCUCUGGUGAUCUUCAUCCAGACGCUCUACUUAACAAGGAGCAGCAAAUCAGAGCUGAUAAAAAGGCAUAUCAUGCACAGUUGAAGAACUACCAUUCCGACAUGACUGAUACCGUCACGAGGUGGAGGGACAAAUGGUUAACUUGUGACAAUCCAAAAAGCUUGUUCAGGGAUAACCUUGCUAAACAGCGACGAGGGGACCGGCAGUCAUCCGGAGAAAAUGUCAUAUUUUCUAAUGCUCCUAAGAAUGCAAUACCCAUGAAGGUUGUACGAAACGGUGACGUCACAAAGUAUAUGUCAUAUAUUAAGGUCAGCAGGGCUCAACAUGAACUUGUUAAGGGAAUGAAACAAUCUGGUGAUGGCAUUCAGACAAGACAUCUUGUUGGUGUUAUUGGUGAUAUUGAUAACUUUCAUGUGAAACCAUAUGAGACACUGAUGGAGGAUGAGAAACAGAAACUGCACGAUCAUUGGGUCAUUCUGUCAUGUAAAGAACUCCCUGCUGCUUUCAAGGCCCGCCGGGAAGAGAAGUUGAUUGCUGAGAAAUUAAGGAGGUCGCUGUGCCUUGAAAUUGCAGAGAGGAAUAUAUCUGAGGUGGAAAAGGCAGAACAGUUAGGUGUCAGAACCGCAGAAGUUGGACAAGAUGGUGCUUAUCGAAAUGGUGGCACCUCAGAUAGACAGGAAGAACUGGUAGAGCACUCGCCUCAGGAUGUGCCGCAAUCCGGGAAUAAUAGCAGUGUAGGUCUUGAAGAUGAAGAAGAUGCCAAUGAUACAAGUGAUACUACUGAUACAUCCACAGACUCUCAUGACAGCCCAAACACGACAGAUCAAGAUGGCAAUGACACAAGUGAUACAGGUACAUCCACUGACUCUCAUGACGGCCCAAACGUGACAGAUCAAGAUGUUAUGGACAUGAAUAACACGAAUAUGCCUACCCAGAGUCAGGGUACCUCAGACGAGCAAGAUGAAGAAGUUGAAAAGAUCAGCAGCACAAGUGCUAAAAGUGGCGACAGCUCAGACGCACAAGAUGAAGCCCCUGUGGAUAUAAGCUGUAGGAACGGAAUCUCUCAGAGCAAUCCAGGCAUGGAAGAUGAUGAUAUGGAAGAUACCAGCUGCAAAGAUGCAACUCUUCAAGACCAUCACAUUCCAGAUAUGCAAUCUCAGGAGCCCAAGGCCAUUAGCGGCACGAUCUCACCUAUUCAAGGCCUCAACAGCCCGAAUAUGCUAGUUCAAGAUUGCAAGAAGACUGGCUAUAUAGGUUUUCCUAUUCAUGUUCAUGGCGGUUUCAAUGAGCGAACUGACGACUUGAAGGACAUGUGCUACCCGAGUGCCUCAACUGGACAUGACAAUGAAAACGAGAUGAAUGGCAUGAUUCUUGAUCAAAGAGAGACUGAUAAUAUCACAAUGAUACCCUCUGAUAGUACUUUGAGCAGACAAAGCAAUGUGAAAGGUCCUGAACUAAAAGGGCCUGCAGAAUGCCAGAAAGAAUUAUGGCAGCCAGCAAGCCCUGUGGAUUCCUUGUACCACCCUCCGGGGAAUGGUCUGUACGCACAAUCAGGUGCCCUGCAGCUUAAACAUCAUCCCUCUGGAGGGCCAGCAACUUGUAUGGUUGACUUAAUCAGUGUUCCUGCUGCACAAGCGACGAGCAAUUCAGCAUCUCUGUUGCAACCAUGCACCAACCAGCUAAGCAGUGAGCAGCUCCUAAAUGGCGCAAAGGGUGUCGGAAUGGUCCCCUCAUAUUCCCUGGGACACGUGAAUGGCAUAAAACAGUCUAUGGGCUUGCAUUCCAUGACAAACGGACACCUAGCUCAAUCUGGUCUGGCCCAGGAGCAGAUGCAGUUGCUUGGUGAGAGGCACAGCGGACUUUACUCGCAGCAAGUUGAGAACAACAUCAACAUGUAUUCCAGUGCAACGCUCUGUACUCAGAACAGCUUCCCUAUGGUUGAGCCGCAAAGUUUUGCUGGUCACGUGCCUGCGGAUCAAGGUCGUAGCUGGUUCCCUGAUGAGGACCAACCAUCACAUAAUAAUUGGUCUGGAAUGGGGGGAUCAAACGGCGUCGUUUUAGGCCAGGAUCUGCCUGGCGGGGACGGGAGCCUUCUGAGUGUCCUGUCCCAGUACAAGCAGCAGGUGUCUUCACGCCCGUUGGGCUCGGACCAGCAGCUCGUUGGAGGAAGGAGGAAUCUAGUUCCUCCUCAUGGUGCUGAGGGUAUGGCUGGAAAUAUACUUGCCCCAGCCCCAGAUAUGUAUGGUUACACCCACCAGAAUAAUGUGGCAAGCAGCCAGGUAGAUGGCAACCUGCAAUGGGCACAUCCACAUCCUUCUUCCUCCUCUGCUUGCUUCAGGCAGUUUGGUGGAGCAGGCCCCUGGUCAAGAUAGCUACCUACUCUACCUUUUUAUAGAAGAAGGCAUUUGUAUAGGCUGUCCAAUUUAUUGAUUCCGAGAUUGCGGGAGGGGCGGUUUUGUUAGAUUUGAGGCAUGAUUUGUUUGUGUACAUAGUGAUGGGAUGUGGCGAGGUGUAGAUAUGCAGAGUUGCGGCGCAGAGAAGAAAGAGAAUGAAUGAAUGAAUAAGGGCUUCUUCCCUUGAGUGCAACUCCAUUUGAGGUUUAGAUUAGAAGAAUGUUUCUUCUCUCUUGUUGGAAUUUACAGAAUAAGGAGUAGCUUGUUUUGUAGUGUCAAUGUGACAUGGUGAAUUCAAGAAUUUGACUUCAUUUAGUCGUACAAUUUUGUCGCUGUACUUCAUUUAGCUACAAUUUUCUAGUGUCAAUGUGACAUGGUGAAUAUCAGAUCUGUUGCAAUGCC